GUCCCUGCUCGGUCCAAGAUGGCGGCGUUUUGGCUUUUCUGUGCUCCUCCUGUGCCUGGGCUGGGCGCGCUAUAAGAGGGGAGGGAGGAGGGUAGAGCCGAGCAGACCAUGGAGGGCUCCUUUGUCCAGCACAGUGUGCGUGUCCUGCAGGAACUCAACAAGCAGCGGGAGAGUGGGCAGUACUGCGAUGCCACCCUGGCAGUGGGCAGCUUGGUGUUCAAGGCACACUGGAGUGUCUUGGCGUGCUGCAGCUCCUUCUUCCGGAGCAUGUAUGAUGGAGCUUCCAGCAGAAUCAUCCUGCCAGAGACCUUUGUGGAGAUCUUCACGCCCCUCCUCGACUUCUUCUACACAGGCCACCUGGCCAUCACUGCAGAGAACUGGGAGAAACUUCUUGAGGCGGCCAAGGAGCUCUGCAUCCCAGAAGCAGUCAGGCUUUGCCAGGAGUUCAAGCCUGGGUGCUUGGACGGCGGCGACCAGAAUGGCCCGUAUUCGCUCACAAAGGACCUUGGGGAUCACUCCGAAGCGCUAGCCGAGACGCAGGGAGAGCCGGCCCUUGGUGGCGCUGUGCCCCCAGGUGACACUGCUCGAGAAGCCAGCCCGAGCCCCUGCAUCCAGGGCAGCAAAGUGGCCCAGGGCCAAAGAGAGAGCCCCUGUCUCCUUCGGGGAAGGCUGAAAAGGUCCCCCAAAACAAUAGCGCUGAGCAAUGCAGGUGAAGUAAAGAGCACCCCGGAAUGUAAGGAGCUCCUAAAAAGGCCACUGAAAAGAGGAGCCGCCGAGGAUGCGGGCGCCAAUCAUGAGCGGGAAACGCAGGAGGCUCCCGGCUCGAAUGACUUGACUGCUGAAGAUGAUGGAGGAGGGAGCAAGGAAAGGGAUGAGGAUUACAUUCCCGGGAAGAAGAGAGUGAGGACCAAAAGGAGAACUCACCUGUCCAGGAAGCCCAGCAGCUCCAAGACAGCUGGGAACAGUGGCCUGCUGGAAGGUGGGGUGCUGGGAAGCCGCAGGGGUGCGACGGGACCAGUUGAAUGCCCCACUUGCCACAAGUCCUUUCUCAGCAAGUACUAUCUCAAGGUGCACAACAGGAAGCACACUGGUGAGAAGCCCUUUGAAUGUUCCAAGUGCGGGAAAUGCUACUUCCGGAAGGAGAACCUGCUGGAGCACGAAGCCAGGAACUGCAUGAACCGUUCAGAGCAGGUUUUCACCUGCUCUGUCUGUCAAGAGAUGUUCAAGAGGCGGAUGGAGCUCCGUGUGCACAUGGUGUCCCAUACGGGAGAGAUGCCCUAUAAGUGCUCUUCCUGCAUCCAGCAGUUCAUGCAGAAGAAGGACCUGCAGAGCCACCUCAUCAAGCUACACGGCGCCCCCAAGCCACACGCGUGCUCGGCCUGCUCCAAGUGCUUCCUGUCGCGGACGGAGCUGCACCUCCACGAGGCCUUCAAGCACCGCGGGGAGAAGCUGUUUGUCUGCGAGGAGUGCGGCCACAGGGCUUCGAGUCGCAAUGGGUUGCAGAUGCACAUCAAAGCUAAGCAUAGGAACGAGCGCCCCUAUGUCUGCGAGUUCUGCCAGCACGCCUUCACCCAGAAGGCCAACCUCAACAUGCACCUGCGCACCCACACUGGGGAGAAGCCCUUCCAGUGCCACCUCUGCGGCAAAACCUUCCGCACGCAAGCAAGCCUGGACAAGCACAACCGGACCCACACAGGCGAGCGUCCCUUCAGCUGUGAGUUUUGUGACCAGAAGUUCACCGAGAGAGGCCCCCUGCUGAGGCACAUUGCCAGCCGGCACCAGGAAGGGAGGCCCCACUUCUGCCAGAUCUGUGGGAAGACUUUCAAAGCUGUGGAGCAACUGCGUGUCCAUGUCCGUCGGCACAAAGGGGUGAGGAAGUUCGAAUGCACAGAAUGUGGCUACAAGUUCACACGGCAGGCCCACUUGAGGCGCCACAUGGAGAUCCACGACCGGGUGGAGAACUACAACCCCCGGCAGAGGAAGCUGCGGAACCUGGUCAUCGAGGACGAGAAGGCCGUGGUGGUGGCCCUGCAGCCCCCUCACGCUCUGGAGGGGGGCUCUGCCGAGGAAGUCGCGGCAGAGUCGCUCGCCCACGGCUCCCUAAGCGAGGAGUUCCCUGUACAGAGACUCUCUUCGAACGAGAACUUUGGUCCCCCGGAUGUGAUCGAACAGUCGCUGAUCAUUACCAUCCCAGAUGACUGUGAGACGUAGCGUUGUGCCCCUAUUGUAAAGCCCCAUCCCCAAUAAAGGAGAGUAAUUAAAAAAGAAAACCC